CUGAAAAUUUUGAAACUCAAGCGUCUGCCCUUCUGGAAGAAGAGAAGAAUAGCUAAUUGCGAUGCAAUUAUGGAAUAAUUUGGUAGGAUUUUUUUUAUCAGAACCAAAUCAAAUCUCUAAUUUUGUGACUUUCAAUUUGCCGAGUACUUAGAUUUAUUCCAAAACAAAAAGAACAAGAAUGACUCACCUCGCCCCUACAAAAAGAACAAUAAUGACUCACCUUUAAGUCACUAGUAUAUAAAAGGGCCUUUCUUUGCCCUUUAUUUCUCUUCUUCUUUUUUUUUUUGAAAAAAAACAAAACAAGAAUAAGAGAAAGAAGCUUGUUUCUAGUUUUUUUAUGUCUAUUGCUUUUUAUUUAAUUACUUCUGGUCUUUUGGCAUUCGAUAAAACUUAUAUUGAUAACAUUUUAAUCAAGUAAAACAACAUGCAUAUCAUUGACUCAAUUCCUCUUUCUACUCCUCCUCCCUCUGUCAAUUCCCGUGAAGGUGCUGCUGUAAAGGUGUCUGAAGAAAUACUCUCCAAUGUGCCUCUUGUAGAUGUCAAGAAAGUUCUCGUCGUAGGCUCAGGUGGUCUCAGUAUCGGUCAAGCAGGUGAAUUUGAUUAUUCAGGUUCACAAGCUAUCAAAGCUUUGCGUGAAUCAGGUAUUCAAACUAUCCUUGUGAAUCCAAACAUUGCCACAAUCCAAACUUCGCAUACUCUGGCUGAUAAAGUCUACUUCUUACCUGUCACAUGUGAAUAUGUCUCUCACAUCCUCGAAAAGGAGCGUCCUGACGGUAUCUUGCUUACAUUCGGUGGCCAGACAGCCUUAAACUGUGGUAUUGAGCUCGAUCGCUCGGGUAUCCUCAAACGCUUAAACGUCAAGGUUCUUGGUACACCCAUCAAGACCUUAAUCACCUCUGAGGAUCGUGAUUUGUUUGUCAAAGCGCUUAAUGAAAUUGAUAUUCCCGUCGCCCAGUCUACCGCUGUUUCAACUGUCGAUGAGGCAUUAGAAGCUGCCCGUGUGAUUGGCUAUCCUGUCAUUGUCCGCUGCGCCUACGCAUUAGGUGGUCUUGGCUCUGGUUUUGCUGAUAAUGAAGCUGAAUUGCGUUCAUUAGCCACCAAGUCAUUAUCCCUUGUUCCUCAAUUAUUGGUAGAAAGAUCAAUGAAGGGCUGGAAAGAGAUUGAAUAUGAAGUCAUGCGUGACUCUGCCAAUAACUGUAUCACCAUCUGUAACAUGGAAAACUUUGAUCCUUUGGGUGUUCACACUGGUGAAUCUAUUGUCGUUGCUCCUUCUCAAACAUUAAGCGAUGAAGAAUAUCAUAUGCUUCGUACAGCUGCUAUCAAGAUUAUUCGUCACUUGGGUGUUGUAGGUGAAUGUAAUGUUCAGUAUGCUCUCAACCCUAGGAGCUUAGAAUACAGAGUCAUCGAAGUCAAUGCUCGUCUGAGUCGUUCUAGUGCUCUUGCUUCUAAAGCCACUGGCUAUCCUCUUGCCUUUAUUGCUGCCAAGAUCGCACUGGGUCAUACCUUACCUAGUCUCCAAAAUGCAGUUACCAAGACAACGACAGCUUGCUUUGAACCUGCUCUCGAUUACGUCGUAACCAAAAUCCCUCGCUGGGAUCUUGCCAAGUUCCAGUAUGUUGAUCGCCACAUCGGUUCUGCCAUGAAAUCUGUCGGCGAAGUCAUGGCUGUUGGUAGAACAUUUGAAGAAAGUUUGCAAAAGGCCAUUCGUCAAAUCGACCCCCGUUUCCUUGGAUUUGAAGGCCUUCCUGAAGAGUUUGAAGACGUUGAUGAUGUGCUUCGCAACCCUACUGAUCAACGUUUAUUUGCUCUUGGUCAAGUCAUGUUAAAUAAGGACAAGGCUAUUCGUGAACGAUACACGGUUGACAAAUUGAACGAGUUAACCAACAUCGACAAAUGGUUCCUGUAUAAACUACAAAAGAUCGCUCGUAUUCAGUUGACGCUGUCUGAACAAGCAAACAUUCCACUCAAUCAAUUUCCUGCUGAACUCCUUUUGGAUGCCAAGAAGACUGGUUUUGCUGACAUCAAGAUUGCUCAAUUGAUUGGAUCCGACGAGCUUUCCGUUCGAGCAUUACGUAAACAACAUGGUAUCGUGCCUACUGUCAAACGAAUUGACACCGUGGCCGCCGAGUUCCCUGCUCACACCAACUACCUCUACACGACUUACAACGCAGCCAAGAACGAUGUGUCAUUUGAAGAUAAGGGUACUAUGGUUCUUGGCUCUGGUGUCUACCGUAUUGGUUCAUCUGUCGAGUUUGAUUGGUGUGGCGUAUCUUGUACGCGAUCCUUGCGCGAACUUGGUGAAAAGACAAUCAUGGUGAACUACAAUCCAGAAACUGUAUCGACUGACUUUGAUGAGUGCGACCGUCUGUACUUUGAAGAACUCAGCUUUGAGCGUGUGAUGGAUAUUGCGGAACUCGAAGGCGCCAAGGGCGUUGUAGUGAGUGUGGGUGGUCAGCUGCCUCAGAACAUUGCUCUCAAGUUACACCAGAACAAGGUCAACAUCCUUGGCACCUCCCCCGUAAUGAUUGAUGCCGCUGAGGAUCGUUUCCAAUUCUCAAAGAUGCUAGACAAGAUUGGCGUAGAUCAACCUGCUUGGAAGGAGCUUAGUAGCGUGGAAGAUGCAUUCCAAUUUGCACAGGACGUAGGCUAUCCAGUUCUUGUUCGCCCCUCUUAUGUUCUGUCUGGUGCGGCAAUGAAUGUAGCUUAUACUCCUGAAGCACUUAAACACAAUCUUACUUAUGCCACGAGUGUUUCUCCUCUGCACCCUGUUGUGAUCACAAAGUUUAUUGAGAAUGCCCAAGAAAUCGAUGUUGACUGUGUUGCAAGCAACGGUGUCGUCCUCGUUCACGCUGUCUCGGAACACGUCGAGAAUGCUGGUGUGCAUUCUGGUGAUGCUACCUUGGUCUUACCUCCUCGUGACCUCUCUCAACAGACGAUGACUCGUUUAAAGGACAUCGCAGACAAAGUUGCCGAAGCCUUCCAGAUCACGGGACCAUUUAAUAUGCAGAUUAUCAAGCAGGACAUCCCUGGUCAGCAAGAACCUUUACUCAAGGUCAUCGAGUGUAACCUUCGUGCCUCUCGUUCCUUCCCAUUUGUAUCCAAGGUAUUGGGCGUUAACUUUAUCGAUGUGGCUACACGAGCCCUUGCCCAAAAGGGAGUUCCUUCUGCAGUCGAUUUGAUGAAAAAGGAAUAUGCUUAUCAAGCCAUCAAAGUACCUCAAUUCUCCUGGACUCGUUUGCAAGGCGCUGAUCCUUUCUUGGGAGUCGAAAUGGCAUCUACAGGAGAAGUCGCCUGCUUUGGUAAAGACAAGCAUCAAGCAUUCUGGGCCGCCAUACAAGCAACACAAAACUUUAGAAUUCCUAAACAAGGGACUGGUGUGUUGAUUGGAGGAGACCGUGUAACAGACAUGAACGAUUAUAUAUUUAUAGCAAAAACAUUACAUCAUCAACUUGGACAUCCUAUUUUUGUGCCUACCGAACAAGAUAAAGCAGUGAUGGACAAGAAUGGCGUUCCUUCUGUUUGUUUGCCGAUCGCUUCAUGCGCGGAAGAUAAGAGACAGCUUGGAAAGUUGUUCAAGGAAAAUCAAAUCGAUUUGGUGAUACAUCUGGCCAAGGUUCGUGCACCAGACCAAUUGGAUGAAGGCUAUGUCUGUCGUCGAGCAGCUGUAGACUUUGGUAUUCCUUUAUUGAAUGAUUCCAAGGUUGCAGUAUUAUUUGCAGAAUCAUGUGUAAAGCACAGAGUUGAACAUAGCAAUGGUAUUCCUGAUGAAGUCAAGAGCUGGAGUGACUUUGUUGAUGCAAAAAUUUAGAUUUCAUUAUAAUAAAUAGAGUUUAUUUCAUCGUGCAUAAAGCAUUUUGUGUGUUGAACAGUGCGUGUAUUAUAAAAUGUCGCACGAAGGGGGAAAGAAUCAAUGGGAAAAUGGCUUUUUUUUUUUCUUUAUGCACUCCUGUUGUCCCUUGUUUUAUCAUUCAUCUAAAGCGUGGCAGAACAUGUCAAUUUUCCCCUUUCUUUAAAAGUUAAAUUGAUUUAAACAAAUCUUUAAACAAUAGAUGGUUGAGUCUGUCAAAGCUUCAUAACUUUUGUCUUUUAAACCUUAUUAAGUAUAGCUAUGUUCCAUAGCCUUCUAUUAUAAAAAAAAA